ACGUGGUCUGGCGUGAUCCACGCGGGUUGUUUCGGCCGGGCCUGGAAAGUUAAGUACUCGUCCACCUGCCGUGAGCCAAGACCUGGAUCUCGGGUCCCUGUUGAGUCGGCAAGAUGGUGAAGCCCAAGUACAAAGGACGGAGCACCAUUAACCCCUCCAGGGCCAGCACGAACCCGGAUCGAGUACAAGGUGCAGGAGGCCAAAACAUGAGGGACCGGGCCACCAUCCGGCGCCUGAAUAUGUACAGGCAGAAGGAGCGCAGGAACAGUCGUGGUAAAGUGAUUAAGCCCUUGCAGUAUCAAUCCACAGUGGCUUCUGGCACGGUGGCGAGAGUAGAGCCCAAUAUUAAGUGGUUUGGAAAUACACGUGUGAUUAAGCAGUCGUCACUGCAAAAGUUUCAAGAGGAAAUGGAGACGGUGAUGAAGGAUCCGUACAAAGUUGUCAUGAAGCAGAGCAAGCUGCCGAUGUCUCUUCUCCACGACCGAGUCCAGCCUCACAACUCGAAGGUGCAUAUCCUUGACACCGAAAGCUUUGAAACAACUUUUGGGCCCAAGUCACAGAGGAAGCGCCCAAAUUUACCUGCGAGUGACAUGCAGUCUCUGGUGGAAAGUGCUGAGCUGUCCACUGAGGGCUAUGACCAGGGCAAGGAUCGCGACCUAGUGACCGAAGACACUGGGGUGAGAGAUGAAGCCCAAGAAGAGAUAUAUAAAAAGGGACAGUCCAAAAGAAUCUGGGGUGAGCUGUACAAGGUGAUAGACUCAUCAGAUGUUGUUGUUCAAGUUCUUGAUGCUAGAGACCCCAUGGGGACCCGUUCUCCUCACAUUGAGACUUACCUGAAGAAAGAAAAACCCUGGAAACACCUCAUUUUUGUGCUUAACAAGUGUGACCUUGUCCCAACCUGGGCAACAAAGCGCUGGGUUGCCGUCCUGUCCCAGGAUUAUCCGACACUGGCUUUCCACGCGAGUCUCACCAACCCCUUUGGCAAGGGGGCCUUCAUUCAGCUGCUGCGGCAGUUUGGAAAGCUGCACACAGACAAGAAGCAGAUCAGUGUCGGCUUCAUUGGCUAUCCAAAUGUUGGCAAGAGCUCUGUGAUAAACACGUUGCGUUCCAAGAAAGUCUGUAACGUGGCCCCCAUCGCAGGCGAAACAAAGGUCUGGCAGUACAUCACUCUGAUGCGGCGGAUAUUCCUGAUCGAUUGUCCGGGUGUGGUUUACCCAUCGGAGGACUCAGAGACAGACAUCGUGCUCAAAGGAGUUGUUCAAGUUGAGAAAAUUAAGACUCCCGAAGACCAUGUUGGUGCUGUACUUGAACGAGCCAAGCCAGAAUAUAUCAGCAAGACGUACAAGAUCGACUCUUGGGAAAAUGCUGAGGACUUUCUGGAGAAGUUAGCUUUCCGCACUGGGAAAUUGUUGAAGGGUGGGGAGCCCGACUUGCAGACAGUGGGUAAGAUGGUCCUCAAUGACUGGCAGAGGGGCCGGAUUCCUUUCUUUGUCAAGCCUCCCAAUGCAGAGCCGCCUACAGUCCCCCAGCAUUCACCCUCCUCACCCCCAGAGGCUGAUGCCGAAACCCCCCAGGACAACCCAGAAGAGGGAGCCCCAGCAGCAGUCAGCGAAGGGUCGCAGCAAAUCACAGAGAAAGAAAAGGAAGAAAAUGAUGGCCAUGCUGCCAACUCAGAGAUGCAGGAGAUCCUGGCACGCGUUCGGCAGAACUUUGGCAAAAUCAACGUGGUGCCCCAGUUCUCUGGGGACGACCUGGUUCCCGUGGAGCUGUCAGACCUCGAUGAAGAGUUUGAGAGCUGGUCUGUGGAGGAGGAAGAGGAUGAGGAAGAGCAGAUGCAGCUGGGAGACGAGGAGGAGGAGGCUUACCAGGAGCCCCAGGAGCAGCCUGCGGGGAACGACACCAAGGCUGUUCUGAGAGCCCUGGAUGAAAAGAUCGCUAAAUAUCACAAGUUUUUAAACAAAGCCAAGGCCAAAAAGUUCUCAGCAGUCAGAAUACCAAAGGGGCUGAGUGAAAUGGUUUUUGCAAAGUCUGAAGAACGAAAAAAAAGAAAGGCCUCUGAAGUGGUGGAUGAUGGAGAGGAAGAUCGUUCUUAUCCAGCACCUACCAAGAAGGGAAAGAAGUGGAAGGCCCAGCGGGAAGAGGACCAUCCAGAGAAAGCCAACAGGAUGCUGACAUGUAAAGAACGGAGGCGAGCAGCACGGCAGCAGCAGUCCAAAAAAGUUGGUGUCCGCUACUAUGAAACACACAAUGUGAAAAAUAGGAACAGGAAUAAAAAGAAGACGAGCAACUCGGAGGGACAGCAACACAGACGCAAAGCUUUCAGGCACAAGCAGUGACAAGCUCAAGGUUUAUUAAAUUAUACAAAACACACAA